AUGGCGCCCCAAAUAUUCUAUGCCGUCGCGUUUCUAGCGGCUUUAUAUCUGCUCAGAAAGCUACUCUUCUCCAAAAAGCAGCUCCCUCUCCCACCAGGUCCCAAAGGUCUUCCGUUAGUGGGAAAUGUGGCUGAUCUUCCACCGAAGGGAGGAUUGGAGUGGCAACACUGGCUCAAACACAAGGAUAUCUACGGACCCAUCAGUCAUGUCAAAGUGUUUGGUAACACUAUUGUUCUCGUUCAUGACUUGGAGAUUGCGACUGAGCUCCUAGAUCGACGGGGUGGCAAGUAUUCUUCAAGGUCCCGCAUGGUAUUUGCAGGUGAAAUGUGCGGCUACAAUGAACGUAUGCCAUUCAAGCCAUACGACAAAGUUUUUCGCGCGCAACGUAAACUAGCUGGUGGACAGAUUGGAACCAACACUGCCGUGAAACGAUUUCAUCCUGCUAUGACUCUAGAAGUGCGCCGUUUUCUCCUGCGAACGUUGGAGAACCCAGAACAGGUUAUUAGCCAUCUUGAAACUGAAUCCGGCUCUCUGAUGCUAAAGAUGCUUUACGGAUAUACUCCCUCCCCCCACACCCCCGACAGACUUGUCCGUCUAAUAAACAAGGUAAUGGAGGAGUUCAGCCAAGCCGUUGUGGUCGGUGCAUGGUUGGUCGAUUUGAUUCCCGCGCUUCGAUUUAUACCCGACUGGGUCCCUGGUACAGGCUUCAAACGGACCGCACGUCAAUGGAGAAAGGACUCGGAUGAUUGCAUGAAUGUCCCUGUCGACUUUGUCGAGCAGAUGAUGGCACAGAAACGAGCCCAGCCGUCCUAUGUGGAGCGCUUACUUAGUGCAGCCCCGGACUAUGAAGAAAUUCUAAAUAUUAAGCAAAGUGCCGCUGCACUGUACGCGGGUGGUGCCGAUUCCACCGCCGCAGGAUUGAGCUUCUUUAUCUUGGCUAUGACCGCUUAUCCCGAAGUUCAGAAGAAAGCGCAGGAAGAAAUUGACCGUGUUAUUGGCUCAGAUCGAUUGCCAGGAUUUAGUGACCGCGAAAGUUUACCCUACAUUGAAGCUGUUCUAAAGGAGACGCUACGCUGGAUGCCUCUCGCCCCGUUGGGGCCACCUCAUAUGGCUGAUGAAGAGGAUGAGAUCUGCGGAUACCGUAUCCCCAAAGGGGCGAUUGUUCUCCCAUCCAUCAAAUGGUUUGCUUCCGAUCCGGAGGUGUAUCCCGAUCCUGAAAAGUUCAUUCCCGAGAGAUUCCUCGGAGCGAAAGAUGUGACUGGUCCUCAUACGUACGUUUUUGGUUUCGGAAGACGAAUCUGCCCAGGACGAUUAUUGGCAGACUCGAAUCUCUUCCUCACUAUGGCGCAGACACUGGCUGUCUUUGAUAUUAAGAAGGCAGUGGACAAAGAAUCUGGCAAGAUUAUCGAACCGGUAGUGGGAACAACAACAGGCCUUGUUGCUCAUCCGUUGCCAUUCAAAUGUCAAAUUGUACCUAGGAGUGAGAAAUAUGUUCACUUGAUCCGACAUGUUGAGGUUGAACACCCUUGGGAGGAGGGCGAUUCAAAGUUGCUCCGGGGACUCAGCGGUUGA